GUCUAGUCUACAGUAAACUUGGAUUGAACAGAUACUUCCUUUUCUCUGCAGUUUGCCGCAGUUGACAUUUUUAUUUUUAUUUUUAUUUUUUGUCGUAUUCACAAUGAGUGGCGUCUUCUUUAAGGAAAACUUCUGGAGCACAGACCUCACCAGUACCCAAGGCUAUGACACCCUCCUCCAGCAUAUGAAUGAUGGAAGAAAGAACUGCAAGGAGUUUGAAGAUUUCCUAAAGGAAAGGGCAGCAAUAGAAGAGAAAUACGGGAAAGAUCUGGUUAAUUUAUGCAAGAAGAAACCCUGUGGCCAAAGUGAAAUAAACACACUUAAAAGGGCUCUAGAUGUCUUUAAGCAACAAGUUGACAACAUCGGUCAGUGUCACAUUCAGCUGGCUCAGACUCUGCGAGAAGAAGCCAAGAAAAUGGAGGAGUUCAGGGAGCGGCAGAAAGGAGAGCGGAAGAAGAUAGAAGCUGCCAUGGAUAACAUACACAAGCACAGACAGCUUCAGUACAAGAAGACUGUGGAUAGUAAGAAGAUGUAUGAACAGAGGUGUCGGGAGAAGGACGAAGCUGAGAUGAAUGUUUCUCGCUGCAACAAAAACACCAUGAAUCAAAAGCAACAGGACAAGUUUUACGCAAAACUGGCGCAUUCGAAGGUGACAGCAGAAGAUGCGGAUAAGACCUACCAGCAAAGUAUCUGCCAUCUGGAUAAAGUGCGGGAAGAAUGGCAGAAGGAGCACAUAACGGCUUGUAUGUUUUUUGAAAAACAGGAGUGGGAUAGAAUAAACUAUUACAGGAACGCAGUGUGGACGCACGUCAAUCAGCUGUCUCAGCAGUGUGUCACCACCGAUGUGAUGUGUGAGGAAGUCCGGAAAGCACUGGAAGGAUGUAACAUUGAGAAAGAUAUAGAACACUUUACAGAUAUCUACAAAACAGGAGAUAAACCUCCAGCCCCCAUUCCCUAUGAAAACUUCUAUAAUAACCCGAGAAACGCAACUCCUGUGAUAAGGAGGGGUCCACUGCAGACACCGAGCACAGUGCCAGAUGAUCCAGCCUAUGCAUCAGUGGGCAAUUUCAAUAUUUAUCAAUAGCUGUGAAUGUUACACUUUUGGAAUGAUUUUACAUUUGAAGGACAACUUAGGCCCUGAAGUUUUCGUGACCAUUUUAGUUAGUUAUUUAUAUUGAGGAUGUGGAACUGCUGAUAAAAAACAUAUUGGACCCAGAGUUCGCCUGGCUUGGACUGUCAAAAAAUAUUAUGGACGACCAACAAGUACUACCAAGGAUGUCAAUUCACCUGUUCAAUGGCCUCCAUGCAUUACGUGGACGUUAUGUAUAAUACACAAACGGUGAUCAGUCUACGUCUGCUGUGCAGAUCCAGACCUCAGGGCAAGGAUUGUAGCUACAUUCCCUUAGGGAACCCUAGAACCCAACUAUACAUUGAAACCUUAUGGCCCAGAUUUCUCAAAGUGUGCGAGAGAAAAAAUAAAGUGGUUUUCCCCCAGUAACCAAUCACAGCUCAGCUAACGAGCUCUGGUAGAAGUGAAACCUGAGCUGUGAUUGGUUCUUGUGGGAAAAUCACUAUUUUUUCUCUCAUACAGUUUGAUAAAUCUGGGCUAUAUAUUUAUAUAUUUCUAUACCUAUCCCUUGUUUUAGAUGUGUGUGGCCUUCUAAGGCCCAAAUAAUGUAUUCUGUUUACCACAAGAUAAUGCACCACCAUACUGUGUGCACAAUUUUGUGUCGUCAUCUGUCUCCUCUUUUGGUCAAGCCUUUCUGAUUUUCUGUGACCUCCUCUACAAUAAACACUUGU